GACGUCCUUCGCGCGGCUGCAGGGGAGGCCGCGGCGGGGAAAAUGGCGGACGGGAAGGCGGGAGAGGAGAAGCCCGAGAAGUCUCAGCGAGCUGGAGCCGCCGGAGGACCUGAAGAAGAAGCAGAAAAACCUGUGAAAACUAAGACUGUUUCUUCCAGUAAUGGAGGGGAAAGUUCCAGUCGCAGCGCUGAGAAACGAUCAGCUGAAGAAGAAGCUGCAGACCUCCCAACAAAGCCUACAAAGAUCUCCAAGUUUGGAUUUGCCAUAGGUAGUCAGACGACAAAGAAAGCCUCUGCCAUAUCCAUCAAACUCGGAUCAAGUAAGCCUAAAGAAACCGUUCCAACUCUUGCUCCAAAAACCCUUUCAGUAGCAGCAGCUUUUAAUGAAGACGAAGAUAGUGAACCAGAGGAAAUGCCUCCAGAAGCAAAAAUGAGGAUGAAGAAUAUUGGAAGGGAUACACCAACAUCAGCAGGACCAAACUCCUUCAAUAAAGGAAAGCAUGGGUUUUCUGAUAACCAGAAGCUAUGGGAGCGAAACAUAAAAUCCCAUCUUGGAAAUGUCCAUGACCAAGACGAUUAAAUGAUGUGUUUGGAAAUUGGGGUGUGGGGUGGGUGUAAAGUUGAAAGGAACAGUUUCCUUUUUUAAAGAAUGGUAUAAGACUAUCUUUGGAGCCGCCCUUUUUUUUUUCUUUUUUUUUUGAAGAUUGAGUGGUACACUAAUAAAUGAGAGUUUGAAAUUAGAGGUAAUUUAUGUUUUAUAUACAGAUUUCAAGACAUUUGCUAAUUUUGUAGUUUCAUGUGAUUAGUUUCCAAAGGUUACAGAUAAUAAAAAAAUCAGAAAUGGUACCUAAGAAUUGCAUAUUUUUUUAGACACAACUAUUAGCACAUUAAGAGAGAAGCAAAAAGUUACUGUCUAUUUAAACUGCAAGCAGUUACUCUCUAACUUAACUCCCUUUUUACCCAAACUGUCUGGCUCCCAGGAACAGCCUUAUAGAGAGGAGGGAGUAUUGUAUUGGGAGGAAAAUGUUACUGUUGACUGAAAGUUAAUUAGAUAAAAUUAAAAUACAGCUUUUUUCCUAAUGGGCGUUGGUUUUGUUUCAAGUCAUCGUAAACCAGGUAUUGCACUGCUCUCAGUGGACACAGACGCUUAGCUCUUUAAAGAACAUUUUAAAAUUUUAUGUAAACUGUUGAGUAUUUGAAAUAGCCCACUCUACCUUAAUGGGUCUUGUCUGCCUUCCUUAGUAUUCAAAGAACAACCAUUUGCUACCAAAGUAAAUCAGUAUUUUGAAUGUGCUUCUCUUGGUUUUUGUUAUUAGCUAGUUCCUGUAAGCAUUUCCACCAGAACUUAAGGCAAAUCAUAAGGAAGCUGUUUCUUUUAAAAUACAAACCACCACCGAAAAUUUAAGUGUACAUAGUGCUUAAAUAUUUGGCUGUUUUUAUUUUUUAAAAGGUAAAGUUUUUCUGGUGCAGAAAAAAGCGCAACAUUGUAUGAAGAUGGAAAAUGAGAAAGAUGCACUUUCUGUAACUUUGUCAAAGCAUUUAAGUUACUGGUGAAAUCCAGUUUGAUUUGAACUUACUAUGGGAAUUCUUAUUUAAUACAGUAACGUGGUUCAUUUUAAGUGUAUACAUAUUGACCAAUGGCCUCACAAAAGCACAUUUUAGGUACUGAAAUUAGAAGGAAAGAAAAUGCAUCUUUAAGCAUAUUUUAUGGAAUCUUUCACCACAUAUACUUUGUUAGAUCUAUGUGUUGUAGGGUUGUGGUUUUUUUUAUUUUUGUAUUGUAUAUGAAAUUUUCUUAAUGUGACAGUUAAACACAUCUUUAAAAGUAUAGUCACAGAUAAAAGAAACAUACAGUAAUAAUGAUUUCCUUAAAAACUCCUACAAUGUUAAAUUUGGAGGCAGCUUCAGACUAUUUGUUUUGGUGGUAACUACUCGCUGAGCUCUUUUAAUAAGUAAUAACUCCAGAGAAGCAGCCUGUAUAUAUUCCUAACACUUUGUUCACUUGCAUUUAAGUUUAGAGUAAGCCCCAAGUAAAACAAUGGAAAUGUAUAUAGAACUAUUAGUUCUUACUUACAUGAUUUAAUUAUACCAAGAUACAUGAAUUUAACUUGCUUUAAUGUAGGCAAACUUUCCAUUUUUGUCCAUUUUACUGUUUAUGUUAAAAUAACAUCCCUCUCCUACAUAUUCUUUUCUUGACUCAAAUAUUAACCUAAGGUCAAGAUGGGAGAGCGAAAUGACUGAGAUGAAUGUCUUUACUAAAAUACCAAUAAAUUUGUCAAACCCAA